ACGGAGGGCGCUGUGUUCGCGCUCACUAAACGCCAACGGUAGUACGGUGUGCGUCGCCGCGUCGUUCACCUGUCUUGUGUUGUUUGUACUACGUGAAUGAACGAUCUCAAUAAAAAACAUCGCGAAGCCAUGUUAUUGACUCCAUCGCUGUAGUCGCAGUGUUUCAGUAUAUGUUUAAGUGAUGAAUUCGUAAUAAACGUGGAUACACCGCGUCCGGUAAACAACCGGUUGAGAUAGGGAGGCUGCGUCUCGCGCCCGGCUGUAGUGGAAUGCGGCAAUUUUAACUACUGCGGACCUCGGGACCCAUAUACGAAUUGGGAUUGAUCGACUACGCUCUACAAAAUAAGGUGAUGUACCGAGAAUGAGUCGCCGCGCGCGGCCGUGACAUGGGAGCGCAGGCAUGGGCUGGCGCGCCGAGCAACCGCCGCACAUCGCCGCCGGCCUGCUCUUCUUGCUGCUAGUCUACCUGCCGGUCACCUGCCAUCAAGAUCAUCAAGAUGCUGUACACAUCACGGCGAUCCUCGGAGAGAGCGUCGUAUUCAACUGCCAGGUCGAUUUCCCCGAAGACAUCCCUGUGCCGUACGUGUUGCAGUGGGAGAAGAAGGUAGGCGAAACGGGACAGGACAUUCCGAUCUAUAUCUGGUAUGAGAGCUAUCCGACGCACAGCGGCGAAGGUUACGAGGGGCGAGUGUCGCGAGUGGCUCCUGACUCGCCCUACGGAGCGGCCAGCCUCAACCUCACUAAUAUUAGAGAGUCGGAUCAGGGUUGGUACGAGUGUAAGGUGGUGUUCCUCAACCGAUCCCCAAACCAACACAAGAAUGGGACCUGGUUUCAUCUGGACGUGCACGCGCCACCUAGAUUCUCCAUCACACCGGAAGACAUUAUAUACGUCAAUUUAGGUGAUGCCAUAAUCCUAAACUGUCAAGCCGAAGGGACACCAACUCCCGAAAUACUAUGGUACAAAGACGCGAAUCCUGUGGAACCUUCAGGCACUGUUGGCAUAUUCAACGACGGCACCGAACUGAGGAUAAGCAACAUCCGCCAUGAGGACAUCGGAGACUAUACAUGUAUAGCGAGGAACGGGGAAGGUCAGGUGUCACACACGGCUCGCGUCAUCAUCGCUGGAGGAGCUGUCAUUACUAUGCCACCAACGAACCAAACGAAACUGGAAGGGGAAAAGGUACAAUUUUCUUGCGAAGCGAAGGCUCUACCGGGAAAUGUUACUGUGAAAUGGUUCCGCGAGGGGGCGCCAGUGGCUGAAGUGGCGGCUUUGGAGACCCGCGUCACGAUCAGACGAGACGGAGCCCUGGUCAUCAACCCCGUGGCAGCGGACGACUCCGGCCAGUACUUGUGCGAAGUGUCCAACGGCAUCGGCGAUCCCCAAAGCGCCUCUGCGUAUCUCAACGUCGAAUAUCCAGCGAAGGUGACUUUUACGCCAACAGUACAAUACCUGCCGUUCCGCUUGGCGGGAGUAGUUCAGUGUUACAUAAAAGCCAACCCGCCCCUUCAGUAUGUCACGUGGACGAAGGACAAAAGACUGUUGGAGCCGUAUCAGACCAAGGACAUAGUUAUCAUGAACAAUGGCUCGCUGCUGUUCACCCGCGUCAAUCAAAACCAUCAAGGAAGAUACACUUGUACGCCGUACAACGCCCAAGGGACGCAAGGGUCUUCAGGCCCUAUGGAGGUGCUAGUACGUAAACCGCCAGUAUUCACAGUGGAACCGGAACCUUUGUAUCAGAGAAAAGUAGGAGAAUCAGUGGAAAUGCACUGCGAGGCUCAAGAGGCUGAGGGAACGCAGCGACCGAGCGUAGUGUGGAGGCGACGAGAUGGACUCCCUCUACAGAAGAGUCGAGUGAGGGCGCUGGGCGGCAACAUCACCAUCGACACGCUCAGGAGACAGGACUUCGGAAUAUACCAGUGUGUGGCUUCCAACGAGGUGGCGACGAUAGUAGCGGACACUCAGCUCGUCAUAGAGGGCACGCAGCCCCAUGCGCCAUACAACGUGUCAGGCACGGCCACCGAGUUCCAGGUGACACUCCGAUGGCAGCCAGGCUACGCGGGGGGACCGGACUAUAAACAAGACUACACCAUAUGGUACAGAGAGGCUGGCUUCUCAGAGUGGACUAAAGUACCAGUCACGCCAUCUGGUGCCACCUCCGUGACAAUAAAUCGUCUCCAGCCCGGUACGACUUACGAGUUUCAAGUGAACAGUAAGAACACGAUCGGUGAGGGGAUGAUGAGUAAAGCUAUCACUAUAAGGACUCUCGACGUAGGUGCCAAGCCAAAGGCUGCCCCCACCGCCGCGGGGCCGAUAGAUGAAAAGAUAUUUCAGAACGCACCCGAAGGCUCCGGUCCUAAGUCCGGACCCCCCCGCAACCUGACAGUGACAGAGGUCCACAAUGGUUUCCUGAUAACAUGGCAAGCGCCUCUGGAGCGGUCUCACUUGGUCCAGUACUACACUAUCAAGUACCGCACAGACGCUCAGUGGAAGACACUCAAUAGAGGACAGAUAAGGCCCGAGGAGACCAGCUACUUGGUCAAGAAUCUAGUCGGAGGUAGGACGUAUUAUUUCCGCGUGCUGGCGAACUCCGCGACCAGCUACGAGAGUUCCGAGGAAGUGAAGUUUCCUGUGCCGGCGCGGGUCAAACACAAGGCCAUAACGGCCGGGGUCGUUGGAGGGAUAUUGUUCUUCAUAGUGGCCAUCAUACUGUCCGUCUGCGCGGUCAAGAUAUGCAAUAAGAGGAAACGCCGCAAGCAGGAGAAAGCAUACAACAUGGUAGCCGCGCGACUCACCGACCUGCGCGCGGCUGACAGCACUCAAGUGCCUUUUAAGAAAUUUAGAGAAAGCGGAAUAUCGAGUUUAGUACAAUGUUUGCGAUUCACGGCGAACUGGGUGUGGCCGGCGUCUCGAUGUGGCGACGAGUCCCGCGUUUGGCCGGCGCCCGUCGCCUCCCUGGCGGAGUCUCCAGCGCCCUCGCCGGCUCCCUCCGCCGCGCCUUCCUCCUCAGACGACGGCGGGUUCCUCCCGCGACUGCGUGCGCCGCUAUCCCCCGCCGCCGCGCCGCCUCUGUUCCGCGCCUCCUCGCCGGCCCUCACCCUGGCCUGGCCGCCGUGGCCGCCCUGGCCGUCCUGGCCGGUGUGGGCGCCCGCCUGGACUCCGUGGUCGCCUCUCCACAUCUCCGACCUCAGCUCGGUGCCGUUCCCCAGUUCGGCGGACGGCUCGUUUCCGACGCCCCCCUCUUUCCGCUCCCGCCCCCCACGCGUGUCCCUCGAUGUCCCGUCCCGAGUGUGCGUGCUCGGUCGCCCCCGGUCCCGGCCGCCGGUCCGUCACGGCAGGCCGCGUCCCCUGGUGGAGCCGCCGGCGCCGCCGCCGCACGAGGCCUCUCCCGAGAGCAGGUCGUCGUCGAGCGGCUUCGGCAGUAAGAACGCCUCGUCGUCCCAACACAACCGCAGCAGCCGCACGGGAAGCCUGGCCGAGUGGCGUCCCCCGCCCUACCGGCCGCCGCCGCCCGUGCCCGUCUCGCGGCCGGGGUCGGGGCGACUCGAGGCGGCGGCGGAGGCGGCGGCCGCCGAAGCCGCCGACGCGGGCUCCGUGGACGUCCACUACGAGUUCGAUCGCGCGACUCGCACCCCGACGCCCUCGACGCCGGAACGGACCCGCGCCCGUCCCUCGCGAGACGACGUAGAGGCUCGCGUGCGCGCUAUGAAGGAGGAGUUCCUGGAGUUCCGCAAGCGCCAGGCGCUCCGCCGUCGCUCCCCGGAGCCGCUGUCCCCGCUGGCGCCGCUGUCCUCGCUGGCCCCCGCCGAGACGGUGUGCUGACCCGCCGGCCGCCCCCGUCCUUCAUCGACGACCUCCCACCGACGCCGUGCCUCGACGAAUCGUCGCUUCCGUCGCGGUAUCAUAUUUAUAGAGAAGAAAUAGCUUUCAUAUAUACGUUGGUAUAUUCUGCGAGGGAGUUGGAUAUGUUGGUUCUCGUAUGAGGUUUAAUGAUAUGAUACGAUAUGAUACAUACAUCAUUGACAUUCGACGCACUGAUGUUAGAACUUUAUUUAAUUACUUAUAGUUAAACACGACACGAUGAAGACCUAAGCAUUAUAUUGUACCUUAUUAAUUUAUUUCAAUUACAACCAGAAGCUUAAAUUCCCUUGAAGAUAUUUGCUUUCAUUCCGCCGAUCUGAAACUCUUUUUUCCGGUCAUUCAAACUUGUAUUAUAGUGUUUUUUGAUAACUAUUAAAAUAUUUUCAUGGUAUACCCAGCCGACAUGUCAGUGUCACUCGAGACGUCGUCGGUUUGUCUUAGUCUUUAUUUGUCAGUACCCUGAGAGGAGUGUUCUCGAUCCCACCUUAGUGCUCAGCGCGGCUGGCCCGACCUACUACUAUUGUAAUAAUACUUAAGGCACGUUUUCAGUCUCGAGGCCGCUCGACUGGAACUCUAUGUACAUACGUGUAUUUGUGGAUGCAAUGGCGUUCUAUUCCCGCACCGGCCGCUCUCCGUCGUAUAUUAAAGUCAAUUAACGAUUAAUGUGAUCGCGCGCGUCCCGCCGCCGUCGUCGACGCUUCCAUACGAUAUUGUUUAACGUGAACGCGGUUUGUGAUAUUCGCGAGUGUAAUAUCGAUGUUAUUAUCAGUAGAAUAAAUGCUUCCGAGACGUUUUGUUCGAUGCGCCACGACGAUAUGAACACUCGUGGCGCUGCAUGAGGGCGGGCAGACGGUGCGGCGAUACGUACACAUAAACGCUUUAGGUAUGAGCGGGUGAGCAUCCACGACGCCGCUCAUACCAAUAUUAUAUUGUAGUUAUUAAUAAAUAAUUACGUACAACUAAAGUUUAGUAAGGACACGCGCGUUCGACGCUCUAAUCAUUCCGCGGAACCCUCCGGCCUCCAACGGACGUCUGUCCUCUGAACGCGACGAUUUGGGAAUGAAUAGCGAAGCGGCGAACGCGUGCCAUCAUAUUAUAUACACAACACAAAUAAUCUUAGUUAGAAUUAGUAUUAUAGAUCGAGCAACCGAUAUGACCGUUUUUAAUGGACUUUAUUUGAAGUACAAAUUUUUUUAUUUGUUUUUUUUUUUUAUGUAACACCUUCGUUUAUUUUUAAAUGUACAUAUGUAAAAACAUAUUAGAUAUUAUAUUAUACACUUAUUUAUUUAGAUAUCGUAUGAACGGGGUUCUAUGAACUUAGCCAGUACUCGUGAGGCACUAGCGUAAUUUUUAUUUAAGACGUUUGUUAUAACAACAUCAUACUAAUGUUAUACUGAACAAAACCAUGUGGCACAACGCUAUGUCAAAAGGUGCUCAUACAAAUAUUGAAUAACGCAUGUUCUGACCAAAACAAUCUUCAUAUAUUUUAUGAGAAAACUUUAAUUUUUGUUAUCAAAAAUAGUAAUUUAUAUUCUAGGUAUGUAUGAUUUGACAUUUCAAAAUUUAGAAAAUACAGAUUAAAAUAGCACGACCACUAGGUUUCAAACUAUCCCACCUGACAACCUUAAAUAUUCUAUGUAGCAGUCGACACUAAGACUGCUGUUAGUUAUAUUAGUAUUAUUUAUAAAAUGUAUAUUGAUUAAUCAGUAUAUCUCAUGCAUGGAUGAUUUUACACGAUUUUGAAUAUAUUUGAUUCGUUUCGGGAGAAUGUUUAAAGAUGUCAUUAUCGUUAAGAACCUCCUAUGGUAUAAGAAUACAAUGUACGCUUUAAAGAAAUUAAAAAUAACUUAUAAUAUUAGUUAGGUAGUUUAUUAAGGUGUAGUGUAAGCGUGUGCGUCUGUCACGAAAGUUAGCCGUGUGUGAUGUAUGUUGUGUUGUGUUUUGACACACGCACGCCAUAACUGAGGUCACUGCCGGUCGAAUAGGUUAAGCGAUAAAUCGUCACUCAGUAGGAUAAAAAAAAACAUUUUCUUUUUUUUUAUUGGUUUUUUCUAGAUAUGCGAUACGUUUAGAUUGUUAGUGACAAAUGUAUGUGCAAUAAACCCACUGUUCAAUACAAUUAUUACGUUAUAUAUAUUGUAUGUGAUCAAUUAUUUUGACUGACCAACUCAAAUUCAAGUAUGCAUGGUUAAUAUAAUUUACCUUUUGACAUUUCACGUUUCUGUUUUAGUAACUGUUGUUGUGUAUUAUCUGUGCGUCGCCAUUAUUGUCUGUUUUUUAUUUAUCAUUUGUAUAAUAUUAAAAAUUGUCAAUGAGUUCGAAUUAUAUUUUUCUUUUAUUAAAAUUGCCUUCAAUUUAUGUCACUGUAGACUUUUUUUGUUUAUAUCAAUGAAAUUGAUUCGCAAAAUUUAUGUAUGAUGUUUAUUGUUUGAUUUUUUCUACUUUCUGUGAAUCACAUCGACUUCGAGUCCCGCAAUAUGAUUGACUAAUUAAAUUCAUUAUAAUGGAUCUCCCGCGAGAUUUUUUAACAGUGUUUUGUAGAAACAAAAUAAGAAUCGAAAAUAACGAUAUAGCUCAAACCAUGUGAUAUCUAGUCUCCAUGUGAAGGUAGUGGAAGCGAUAUUUAUCAUUUCGUUGAAUUUUUAUGAUUAUUUACAUAUUCAAGGACUAGAAUCUUAACAGUUAAGAAUUAUUAAUUGUCACUAAAAAUUAUAUUUCUUUUCAUACUUAUAUGUAACCUUUGUUUUUAUAUCAUUCUUAAAGGAAAUUACAAACGAUUAUUACUAUAAAUAGAGCACUAAAAGUCAGUUGACAAUUUCUAUAGACUAAAAGGAAAAAGAUAGCAAUACAUUAGAAUAAUAUUAUAACUUUAUCGUAUAUAUCAGUUUGUAUAAAGGAACGUAUGAGAUUUAAUUAAAGUGCACAUUGGCAAAAUAUGAGGCGGUGAAACAGGGCACCCAAUAUUGAAAACUUAAGGCAAAUGCACAAUAUCUCAGCACAAUAAGUGACAUUUUAUUUCAAAAUUUAUGGUAUACUACCUCUAGCACUUUUAAAAUAUUCCAACGAAACGGUAAUAACUGUAGUAGUUAUACUUCGCUUUGGUUGAACGACCAUUGCACCAGCCACCAUUUUAUUAUUAAAUAUCCUUCGUUUUUGUUUAUAGAAUAUUUUUAGUUGUAAGUGUUGAGAUCAGUGUUUACUGUGUAAGCACACAAAAGAUUCAAUUCAAAAAAUACAAUAACGUUGCUAUGAUUU